AUGUACUCACGGCGGGGCAUGGUGGAGACACGUCUCAAGAAUCUGAGAGAGAGAUUGAUCUCCCUGCAAGGUGUAACCAUGGGGAUUUGUCUGUGGUUCAGUGUCCUCCUCCUCACCAGCGUGGUUGCUGCCAACAAGUUUUGUUUCCCCGGCUGCUCUUGCGAAGUUGAAACCUUUGGCUUAUUCGACAGUUUCAGCCUGACCAAAGUUGACUGUAGUGGAGUGGGUAACCACAUUGUCCCGGUUUCAAUUCCUUUGGAUACAUCUUACCUGGAUCUUUCAAACAACAAGCUAACAAGUGUUAAUGAAUCUGUUUUGUCUGGUCCAGGUUACACGACCCUGGUCAAUCUUAACCUAAGUUACAACCAACUGGUGAAAAUUUCACCUACCACUUUCUCUAAACUGAGAUACUUGGAGUCUUUAGACUUGAGCCACAACCUACUGGAAGAACUUCCUGAUCACAGCUUCUUCUAUUCCCCUCUGGUGGAACUUGACUUGAGUUUUAACAGGUUACAGGGAAUACAAAUUGGGGCCUUCACCUCGAAAAGUAAUGGCAAAGCAAUCCAUAUCAACCUUACCAACAAUCUGAUCAACUCUAUCUCAAGAAGACCCGAUGACCCUGUUCCAAACAUCCAGAGUUUGGACUUGUCUGGGAAUCAACUGCGUUCUGUGCAUGGUCUUCAAGGAAUUCCUCUACAAUACCUUAACUUAGACAGAAACCCCAUCUCUACAAUUGAGGAUCAUAACUUUUUGGGGCUUAAAGGAUUAACCCACCUGUCUCUCAGUAAAAUGGAGAAUUUAAGGGAGAUUGCCCCACAUAGCUUUAAAGAUCUACCAGCUCUCCAAAUCCUUGACUUUUCCAAUAAUCAGAACUUGAAGACUCUCAGCAAAGAUGUAUUUGUUGGGCUGAGCUCCUUACAAGAGUUGAACUUGUUAAACUCUGGUGUUGCAUCCUUGCCAAAGGACACCCUCCAGCAUUUACCAUCAAUGAAAAGCAUUACCUGGGGAAAGAACAUUCAUUGUGUCAAGACUCUGAAGGAAAGCCAGUUCCAUCUGCAGAAUGGGGUGGUUCGAAGAGAAGUCUUGGUCUGCCGUGAUGAUCGAGGUGCUGUAUCAGCACAAGAUGUCUUAUAA